CUGUCUCCUUUGAAGCCCACCUCCUCAGAUGUUAUCCUUUAUGGUGACACAAAUGUUAGGGUUUUAUCUCAAGAAGCUCUACCUAGCGUUGUCCCGGGCCAGAGGGAAGGAAGGCACUGUUGUGUCUCCUCGUUGUGCAAGAUGUGUUUGAGAAGCUGCUUGAAGAAGUUGCUUAUUUUAUUAUUUUUCCAUCCUAGCUGGAACAAUUAGUCCAUUCGUUGACACGUUGCGCAGCAGAAAAUGAAUUGGCCACAGUGUUGAUAAUCAUAAUGGACAAAAAAAACAGCUGCUCAAAUGUAAAGAUUUUCCUCUUCAGUUUGUUUUAUGUAUAUUGUAAAUUGAAUAUUCCUUGGUUUUGGACUUGUGAUUGAACAAAGCACAUAUGACUAUAUGAUUAAUGGAGAAAAUGUUCUAAAAUAGGAGUAUAUGCAAUUUUAGAUUUCAGUAUUGAUAUAAAUAUAGUGACAUAUUAGACAUCUGAGAAACCUUUAUAGAUAAAACAAUAGAUGUGAAGUGUCUGUAAUCGACCGAUCAGGGACCUUUUUUUUAUGAAAUUGCUGCAAGAAUCCUGCCAGUCAAAUAUUUCUUUAUCUAUCUAUUAUGUCCUUUCAUUGUGCAACAUUUUAAACUAUUUAAAACCUUUGGGGGCCGAGUUGCUUGUUGAUUAAUAUUUCACUUCUUAAACAACAACAACAUCUUUCUGAACUGAAGCCCAGAAGGAGUUAAAUCAUUUAUUAACAGAUGUUCGUGGAGUUAAAAGUAAGUCUGGGUUCCCUGUCGGCCGUGUGACUGAUCUCUGGCCUCAGCCCAGUCAGAGUCCUGGUUGCGUCACAGCUCCAUUAUGCAGGAUUCAAAUUCUUGUAGCGACUGCAGGUUUGUUUUUUAACUUCUAUUCAUGCCUGCAGGAUUUUCCCCUUUUGUGCAGAUAGAGUUAUUGUGCAGGUAACAAAUGUUUUCCUAACCUCUGGUACCUGGGACCUAGCAGUUCAAAGGCCAUUUUGAUGAAUGAUAACUUAAUGAAUUGUCUUGCUAACACGCAAGGUUUGCCCCUUUGGACUGGAUCCGUAAUCCUCCGAGUGUAGUUAAAGUUCACUCUCAUUGUUACAAGCCCCCGUCAUGGUUGCACUGCAGAUAAUCUGCGAGCAGAAGGAGAAGCACAGAGCUCGGGGGUGAUUGUGGAGGUCUGUAAAGGACAGGCCAGGUAGAGUUCAUGACACAGGUUCAGCGUUCUGGCAGGAGGAGGCGAAGGGGUCACUCCAGACCUCCGUCCUCCAUGCCUGCUCACCCAGGCUUCACUCGACUGGAGCAGAAUGAGCCUAUGAACAAUCUGCGCAUCUCUGUAGGAGGCCUCCCUAUGUUGGCUUCCAUGGCCAACACCACCGAUCCUCGUUUCCGCCUGAAGUGGAAGCCCAUUGUGGUGGUGGCCUUCUCCCUGGCCCUGUUUCUGCUGCUCUUCAUGCACUUGAGCCCAGGCUUGCGCUCUCACUCCUACGGCUCGCACGGCUGGAGAGCCAGUCCCGUCGACACCCAGCAGUCCGAUUCUCGCUACAACGACACUUACCCUCUCAGUCCGCCGGAGCACACGCCGCAGGGCACCCGCUACCGCAUUGGGGUCAUUGCCGACCUGGACACGAGCUCUCGCAGUGACAAGAAGCUGACAUGGUUCAGCUACAUGCGGCGGGGGUACCUGUUGGUGUCCCAAAGUGGUGACAAGGUAGCAGUUGAUUGGGACGCGGACAGGGUGGUGCUGGAAAGCCACCUGUCGGAGAAGGGCAGGGGUAUGGAGCUGUCUGAGCUGGUGGUGUUCAAUGGGAAGCUCUACAGCGUCGACGACAGGACGGGCAUAGUCUACCACAUUGAUGGCGACAAGGCCGUGCCCUGGGUCAUCUUAACUGACGGCGACGGCAACGUUGCCAAAGGGUUCAAAGCUGAGUGGUUGGCAGUGAAGGACAAGCGCCUGUACGUCGGCGGUCUGGGGAAAGAGUGGACCACCACUGAAGGAGAGUUCGUCAACAACAACCCAGAGUGGGUGAAAGUAGUGGGCUUCAGAGGGGAUGUACAGCAUGAGAACUGGGUUCCCAAGUACAAUUCUCUUAAGUCUGCUGCAGGGAUAGCGCCUCCAGGGUAUCUCAUCCAUGAGUCAGCGGCAUGGAGCGACACCCUGCAGCGCUGGUUUUUCCUGCCUCGCCGCGCCAGCAAGGAGCGCUACGAGGAGACGGCGGACGAGCGCCGCGGCACAAACCUCGUCCUCAGCUGUUCGCCAGAUUUCAAAGACAUCAUUGUAAGUCGAGUGGGUCCUCUUAACCCCACUCACGGUUUCUCCUCCUUCAAGUUUGUCCCCAAUACGGACGACCAGAUCAUUCUGGCUCUCAAGUCGGAGGAAGACGCCGGAAAGAUUGCCACGUACAUCAUGGCCUUCACACUUGACGGACGCAUCCUUUUACCUGAAACCAAGAUUGGCGACGUGAAAUAUGAAGGCUUGGAGUUCAUUUAGAGACUUGCUUUUGAGGCCACUGCACUGUUGUUCUAUUUUGUUUACAAUCCAGUCACUGUUGAAGUAACUGUACUCGCUGUUUCCUCAUUGAGUUUGUUAAAACUCUAACCCUUAAAGGAUCAUCUUCAGUAUAAAUAGAACUAUGGUGCUGAGACUGUAAAAUGUGGUCCUGUUUCGGGUUUUUGAGAAAGUGCCAGUCGAAACAGACAAUGCCAGCAUGUCUUGUGGUGGAUCAUUUCCUUCCAAGGCCAAAGGUGGCCCUCAACAGCACUGUAGCCUUUCUUCUAAUGAAUGUACAAAAGAUUAAUUUGUCAGACUGUGAGUUUUUUUCCAUAAAGAAAAACAUUUUCAUGCACAUACUGCACACUCUCAAAAGGUCAGAGGUUUUUUUCUCCCUUUGCUCCAUGUUAUCAUUCUGUACACACCACAAUGUUAUUUUCAGUAGAAUAACUAAAGGCCUGUUUUUAUUCUUCAAAAAACUCAACAUUAUUCGAAGGACAUUUUGGUGAAAAUUUGAUUAUAUUGUAUGUACUGUUUUUGGUGGGAUGAGUAAAAGCUUGAUUCCUA